CAAAGUGGGCAGGGAAUCGGGUGCGGCUGCAGAUCUGCACGAGAUCCUCACGAGCUUUCAUGCUCAUAUUUGGUGUCCUGCAACAAUAUUAAGGAUAGUUUCGAGCACGCGCCGCCUGGUCCUCGACAUUUCCAGAUGGGUUCAUCCAGGCGGUGCUUAUACCAACACAGACAAUGCAACGCAGAUAUCAACAAGUAUUGUCUUUAUUCAAUAUUUAACGGGUUGCUUCUGGUCAUGCUAAUGUUAUAGUUUACAAGCUUGCGCACGCCGCUGGAGACCUUUUCCAAUUUUGCAAAUCUGUUUGCGCGGAUAACAAUACGAGCGAAAACUUGACGGGAUAAAACGUGGAUUAGGUUAGUGGAUUUGUGGUCCGAUAAGAACAAUGAGUUUAUUUUGGUGAUAAAAGACUGUAGAAUCUCCCGGGCUGCGACUAAUCUAAGCGAUUCCAGGUUGCGUGUUCAUUUUCAUUGCUGACCCGGGAGUGGAGAGAUGUCAGCCCGCAGGAGUAGAUCGCAUCGGUCGCUGAGACCUGUGACUAUGAUUUUCAUCCUGCUGUUUGUCAACAUUGCUGAAACGACUGCAGAAGAACACGCUUUCAACGCAGAGUCAUGGCUGAGGAUGUAUGGCUACCUGUCCCAGGCUAGCAGACAAAUGUCCACUAUGCAAUCAGCCCAAAUUCUUUCUAGUGCCAUUAAGGACAUGCAGCGCUUCUAUGGCCUGGAGGUGACCGGACACAUGGACUUGGUCACGCUUAAUGCCAUGAAAAGACCUCGCUGUGGAGUUCCUGACCGUUUCGAGGAGUCAGCAGACGGGGGUACUCGCCGCAAGCGGUACGCACUUACUGGUCACAAGUGGGAUCAGGACAAGCUGACUUACAGCAUUCAGAACCACUCACCCAAAGUGGGCCAAGAGCAGACCUAUGAGGCUAUUCGCAAAGCCUUCCAGGUUUGGGAGAAAGUAACGCCUCUGAGGUUCGAGGAGGUCCCAUAUCAUGAGAUAAAGAAUGGCAGUGAGGGGCCUGACAUAAUACUACUGUUUGCCUCUGGAUAUCAUGGCGAUAUGUCUCUCUUUGAUGGCGAAGGAGGCUCUCUGGCACAUGCCUUUUUCCCUGGUCCUGGAAUGGGAGGAGACACACAUUUCGACAUAGACGAGCCAUGGACCUUGAACCAACGGGAGAACUCAGGCGUCGACUUGUUUCUGGUUGCAGUUCACGAGUUGGGUCAUGCGUUGGGGUUGGAGCACUCCAACAACCCUUCUGCCAUCAUGGCGCCAUUCUACCAGUGGAUGGACACCGAUAGCUUCUCACUGACUGAAGAUGAUAUAAAUGGCAUUCAUCAGAUCUAUGGACCUCCAGAGACUGUCACCACUCAGGCACAUCCCACCACAACCCUGUUUACAACCACUGCCAAGCCGGAGCCAACCACUACAGUGGCCCUACCGAAAACAACCAGAGCCUCGGUGCAGCCCACCAAGCCCUGGUUGCCUCCAGUCCACCCAACCAGGAGGUCCCAUAGACCCCAGCCCACGGCUCGCUCAGAUCAGGAUGCACCUGACAUCUGCGAGGGGAACUUUGACACUGUGACCCUGCUAAGAGGGGAGAUGUUUGUGUUCAAGGGUCGUUGGUUCUGGAGGGUUAGGAGGAAUCGGGUUCUGGAUAAUUACCCAAUGCCAAUCUCCUUCUUCUGGAUGGGGCUUCCAGAGGACAUAGAUGCUGCCUAUGAACGGCAUGAUGGGAAAUUUGUAUUCUUUAAAGGAAGUAAAUACUGGCUUUUCAGAGAAGCAGACGUGGAGCCCGGAUACCCUCAGGACUUGUUUCGUUAUGGUCAAGGCAUGCCUAACAGAGUAGACACAGCAGUGUGGUGGGAACCAUCUGGCUAUACGUACUUCUUCAGAGGAGAUAGAUAUUGGCGGUUUAGUGAAGAAUCUCGUGCCGUGGAUAAAGAUUACCCUAAACCAGUGAGCAUGUGGGGAUCCAUUCCUGGGUCCUUGAAAGGGGCCUUCCUCAGCGAUGAUGGAGCGUACACAUACUUCUACAAAGACACCAAAUACUGGAGGUUCGAUAACAAGCGAAUGAAGGUCGAUGCUGGAUACCCAAGAUCCAUUUUAAAUGAUUUCAUGGGCUGCCGGGUGCACUUUGAUGCAGAAACGGAUGUAAAUCCCGACCAUCGAUCACCUGAGACGAACGACAAGAAUCAAGACCCUGACGACCACAAAAAUUAUGAUGAAGAUGAGAAAAAGGAAGUAGAUGUCAUUCUAAGAGCGAAGGAGACUGAUGAACACAUCAUGACCCUCAUUUUAGUGACUGUGCCUCUGGUUCUGGUGCUGUGCAUUCUGGGAGUCAUAUACAUCAUUAUCACCACACUCCAAAGGAAAGAGACACCCAAAGUGUUAGUUCACUGCAAAAGGUCCCUGCAGCAGUGGGUCUGAUAACAUACGCACACUUUCGCUACCCAAUAGCCAAACCUUCUGCACGUGCGUUUUCUAAGAGACACACACACACCUUGUCAUUCAUGGUGCUCAUCCAAUCAAAAUCCCUGUUCCCAAUGUAGAAUUUGCACUUUUUAUUGUUUUGUGGUUAUUUUUUCUGUUUGCGAGUGAUUUGUCCGUCUGCAAGGUUUUUGUGUUUUUCUCUUGAGCCCGUUUGGUUGUACGCUGUGCGAAACGUUGGAUGUAUGAAAACAAGCUCAGAUCAGCACAUUUCUUUCACAUC